AUGGGAGGAUUGCACAUAGAGAAUUCUUCAAAUGAAUCACACCCCCACACUCACAAGGUUUUCCUCUUAUGCAAUUACAUUCUCUUAGGUGCAGCUUCCAGUUGCAUUUUCUUGACACUUUCCCUCCGGCUAAUCCCUUCGGUCUGCGGCUUCUUCUUGAUCCUCCUCCACGCCACCACCAUUAUCGGUGCCAUUGCCGGCUGCGCUGCUGCCUCGGCCACUCGAGGUGCCGGGAAGUGGUAUGGAGCCCACAUGGUGGCCACAGUGCUUACAGCAAUAUUUCAAGGCUCUGUUUCUGUGCUUAUUUACACAAGACCUAAAGAUUUUCUUGGAAAUCUCAAAUCCUAUGUGAGGGAAGAAGAUGGUGUGACGAUAUUGAAAUUGGCUGGUGGGUUGUGUAUACUGAUAUUCUGCCUAGAAUGGGUUGUUCUUACACUUGCAUUCUUCUUGAAUUACUAUGCUUAUGUGCAAAAAGAUGGGGUUAAUUCUCGAGCAAUGAAGAAUUCUAAGGUUCAAGAUGAGGAAGACUUGAAGAAUUGGCCAUGGCCUUUCCAAGUUUGA